GCAUCCAUAAUGAAGAGGCUGCUGACCAAAUAUGACAACCUCUUCCAGAUCUCCUUCCCCUACUCCAUGGGCUGGCACGGUGCCCCCACUGGUGCCCACCUGGCUGAGGACAUGUCCCACUGGCAGCUCCAUGCCCACUACUACCCUCCGCUGCUGCGCUCAGCCUCCGUACGCAAGUUCAUGGUCGGUUACGAGAUGCUGGCGCUGGAGCAGAGAGACCUCACACCCGAACAGGCUGCCGAGAGACUGAGGAAUCUUCCGGAAGAGCACUACAAGCUGAAGAAGACAGAGGAGGAGAAGGAGAAGUAGGAGGAGGAGGAGGGUGGAGAGGGGACGCCAUAAAUGCUGUCAGCUUUGUGUAACGGCCAACUAAUCAUCCACCCUGGGUUAACCCUAACCCCUACGCUAUUUCACGAUGAUUUAGAUGAUUAUGGAGUCAUUUGAAAGGGAAAAAGAUCAUUUCACUUUUUUAUGUGGUGUGAUGCAGAAAAUUAUGAUCUCAUUAAAAACAUUACGCAGCUAUAAUGGUUUUGCGGGUGUGCGAUGGAAAUGGAUUUACCUAAAGUUUAUGCAUGAUGGGGACUGAUUAUAUACUAUACUCUCUCAGUACUAUACACAGUGACUACAGAGUAUAAACCGCAGUGACACAGAUGGGUGGUGCAGUGACUUGAAAAGUGGGAAAAAGAAAGCCGCUGUGCUCAAUCCAGCCUUACAUUCCCACCAGGCCUG